CGAACAUUUAACGCACCCAACCCCUCUCUCCACCAACAUCAUCUAUCAGUGGAGCGAUGGGGCACUUCCGUACACCUUAGACAAUUAACUGUGACAGGCUCACGUCGCUCAACAAAAGGUCGGAUUACGUCUGCACACCUGCUAAAUACAUGAUCUGGAGGCAUAGUACGGAGUCAGGGCGUGGGGCCAUGUGGACGGAGAAUUCGGUCAGCCUCUGGUUAUACAUCUCCACAUUCUAUAAGGCUUUUGCCAACCCUGAAGAUGCCCUGAGACACGGAGGCCUCGAGUUCAAUCGUGAAGAUCCUGAUGUAGAACGUUAUAGGAGGGCUCACCGCAACGACAUGGAGAACAUCUUCCCGUUCCUGUUCCUCGGAGCCAUUUACUCCUUACUGGAACCCAAUCCAAGCAUCGCCAGGAUCCAUUUUGUCGUUUUCUUCAUCGGUCGCUUGGUGCACACAGCAGCCUAUGUAUUGGCCCUAAAAGCUCCAACGCGUUCCAUGGCCUACAGCAUAGCCCAGCUACCAUGCUUUUCUAUGGCUCUCCAAAUUCUUUUUUCUGUCGCCUCCUACUGGUAGACUAAGGCAUAACGCGUUUCACGCACCAGAUAGCCAUGGCCGGGAUUCAGUUCAAUAUUUUGUGUCUGCAAUCGUAGUGAGGUUCAUUUACCUCCAGCUGUUGCAAAACUACAACUCCCAGCAUGCCCGGACAGCCAAAGGCUGUCCGGGCAUGCUGGGAGUUGUAGUUUUUGCAACAGCUGUAGGCACCCUGGUUGAAAAACACUGACCUAAGUGCAGUAAAACAUCACCCUCCUGCGUUUUGUAAAUGGUCUUUGUUAUGUAACCAAACCUCAGUAUUUGGACUGUCCAUUGUUUCACUAAUAAUGUCGACUGUUUGUAGCUUUUUUUUGUAUCAUUUGUAUACGAUCAAUUAAGUUUUUUUUGUUUUUUUUUCACUGCAAAAUAAUUUCUUUAAAGGAGCAAUUUUUUUCUCUCCCUAAAACAGCACCACACCUGUCCUCAGGUUGUGUAUGGUGUUAAAACUUGGCUCCAUUCACUUCAGUGAAACUGAGUUGCAGUACCUCACACAACCUAAGGACAGGGGUGGUGCUGUUUUUUUUGUUUGUUUGUUUGUUUAUUUUUAGAAGAAAUCAGCUCUGGUUUAUUUUCCAAAUUCUGGA